AUGAGCCUGAAUCCUUUUGAUGAAGCACUGGAAAACCCCGACUUCAAAAUACCGCGCGCCAAUGAUGAUAUCGAUGUUGCGGACAUCAGCAGCGAUGAAAACGAGCAAGCGGGUUUCAAUGAUGAGCCACAUACUUCUGAGCAAACUCAAAGUACGUUGAAUGCAGAGACGAGCAGUACUGCAGCUUCCGAACCUUCCAAAAACGAUGAAUAUCACCGCGUCAAAAAAGAUUCGCCAGAAUCAUCUAACGAUUCUCCGGAUGAAGAGUCGUCAGACGAGUCAGAAGAUGGCUCGUCAGAUGAAAGCUCGAGUGAAUCCUCGGGCAAAGAAGUGCCAGUGAUUGAUGAUGAUGGAGAGGACGAAGAUUCCGCACCCCAGGGUCCCAUUACUUCCAAAAAUGAACUCGCAGAAGAACCUGUGUUUGAAAUACCCGAGAAUUUUGAAUUGGGACCAAAUGCGUCCAUUCAUGAGAUUGGCUUCAUCAAGUCAGCGUUUGACCGUAAUAUCAUUAUAAAAUCGUGCAGCUCUGCGGAACAACGAGUUCUGAAAGAAAACUCUCUGUUAUGUCUUCAAGAUCGUCGAAUCUUGGGUCCGUUGUGUGAGGUGUUUGGUCCCCUACAAGCACCAUUUUACAGAGUAACUUUCCCACAAUCAAAGGCGGAGUUGUACGAAGAGUUUUCGCUAUUGAAGGGCCAAAAAGUGUUUUACGUUGCUCCCGAAGCUCAUUGGCAUGAUACAUUCGAGCUAAAGCGUAUGCGGGGUACCGAUGCAUCCAACGGAUUUGAUGAGGAACUGCCCGAAGAAGAGCAAGAGUUCUCAGAUGAUGAGAAGGAGGCCAUGCACAAAAGAAAUAAGAAACAAUCUAAGAAGCAAAGGGUUGACGGUGCGGAUGGUGCAACAAAUAGUAAGUCCGCGAAUAUCAAGUCUUCAUCCCGCCAGAAGUUCAAGAGUGAUGGCGUGGUACCUGAAAAGGGAGGAGGAUUAACGACUAGUUCUUACCGGCCCAGAAGUGCCCGUCAUAACGAGCCGCAGGUACCUGAAGGUCGGUCUAAUCAAAGCCAAAAAACUUCUCAGUAUCAACAACCACACCAAUUUUACCAACAGCGGGAACGUGAACACUCGCCUCAGGAGGCUCAUAGUUUUCACCCAAGACCGCAAGCGCACGCUCCAUAUGUUCAGCAGCAAUCAUACAAUCAUCCCGUUCAGGAAUACCAGCGUCACUCUGAACAUCAAUACCCAACUCAGGGUUAUGCUUCCCAGUAUAGCCAUCCCCCCCUGCCGUCGUCAUCCACCUUACCAUACUCGCAAACAUUUGUUGGCGCUAACUAUUCCGGUCAGUAUCAAACUCAACCAUUUGGGUCCUAUGCCCCACAACAACAGUUAAACCCAGGGUACUCACCGGCUAAUGUCGCAUACAAUCAACAAUAUGCGCAAUCUCAACCGGCCUCACAACCUGGUCUUCCUCAACCUCAAAUGAUGUCUCCUCAAGGUUUCGCGCAGCCGCAAAGUCAAAACAUGCAACAAGUCUGGCAGCUACAACAAAUAUUAAUGGAUCAACAGAAACAGCAUCAGAACAAUCAGCAUCAGAACAAUCAGCAUUAA